AUGAACCCCAGCCCCCCAAACCACUCCCCUUGCCCCCUAAACCCACCCCUAGUGCUCCUUGGGAUCUCCAAGGCUGUUGGCUGGCUGGUUUCCCAGUACCCUAAUUGCCUUGAGCUCUGCAGUCAGAUGAUUCAGGAGUAUGUCGAGGAUGGGAUUGCAUGUGAAUUUGGCACGCGCUUCUACCGUGACUGGAAAGAGAGGCGUUCAGCUGGCUUGCCGUCUCAGGAGCCUGGGGUCAUCAUUGAGCUGUACAACAGUGUGCUGCAGUUUCUUUCUGAUGUGGCAUCCUCGGAGCAUCUUUGUGACUUGUCCUGGCCUAUUACUGAGUUUUCAGAGCCUGGGGGUAACAAGCUGUUGCCUCACCUGCACUGGAACAUGCCUGAUCAUCUGGCCUGGCUGAAAAAGGCUGUGCUGUUCUUCCAGAUCCCCUACCUAGAUCUGCCUCCAUUAGGUGCUCCUUGGCGUCCUGUUUGCCACAUGAUUCUCCAGUAUGCGUCUCGGAUUGCUAGUUCGUCCAGCACUCGACCACUGAUCCUGUCUCAAGUGGAGAAUCUGCUGAGCAAAACUUACCAGAAGUGGGAGGACAACACAUCUGGGAACUCUGAUGAAGAUGGACCUUCUGUUGAUGACAUCCCUUGGGAUGCUAUCUUGGCAGCCUGCAUUGAUCAUAAACUGAGAGAUUGGAAACCACCCGAACUGCCGAUUGCUCCAGAAGCAGUAAGUGACGAUGGUCAGAUUCGUGUGUACUUCUUCGAGGAGCAUUUGAAGAACUUCACUCUCCCUUUUGCAUGGGAACAAGCCAGGCUGCGCACACAGGAGGAGAUCUGGCAGGGCCAUGAGAGGUCAAGGAUAAAACGUCCCAAGUCUUCUAAGAAACCCUAUAGCAUCUCCAAGAUGUCAGGUCAAUGUGGAUAUGACGUGAGCGUGCUGUCAGGUCAACAAAAGAGCCUUACCAGUGCAGGUGAAUUCACAGAGACGGCCUCAGACAAGGAGCUUUUCCCAGCGCGUCUGUUGGCACGGUUGCAAAUGGAGAGAAGAGAAAGCAGGAGGUUUGAAGAACAGUUGCACCGAUGUCUCGCCGAAGACAUGGAGCCCCUUGGUGCUUUCAUCGGUCUUCCUCUCUACCUCAGUGCUGUGAGUCGAGAAGAUUGCAAGCGUCUGAUGAAGGAGCCAAGCCCCACACUGUCAGACAGACUGAAACACUUGCAGCAGCUCCUCAGAGCGAAAAAGGAGGCUGAAGCUGCCUCUGAGCUCCACCUCUCUGCUCCGGUUGACAUGGUGAAUAUUUGA